AUGCCACCCCGCCCAUUCGUCAACGACGGACUAUGGCGAUGUCUCUGUCCGGGAUUUCCGUCAAAUGCUGUAGCAACACCAUACAUAACCAGAGGAGGGCCUAGGUUGCCACAUGGCCAUGCAUCGCGAAAAGAUGCCGCAUCCCACUGCAGCCGUCAAUCACGAGCCUACAACAGUUCCAACCCUCUCUUCACCGCAAACGACUCUUUCUUCUCACAGCCUGGAACUUCUGCGACUGGAUUCCGCCCGUUUGGAGAGAAGCUGCGCCCUUCGCGCCUCCGAGGUACCCGAGAUAAUGUUGCACUCGCGCAGCAACCAACAUAUAUCCUCUACGAACAUGCGCGAGAUGAGGGCGCAAAGGGCAACUGGGACGAGGUGAUGAACAUCUGCAGAGUCCUGAUCAAAGACAGAGGAGAGCAGCCAAACAAGGAAAUGUAUGCAGCGUUACUGCAUAGCUUCGUCGACCCCAAAACAGGCACGGCGGGCAAGCUGCGCAAAGUGCUCGAAGAAAUGGGCUUCUGGAACGACACGGACGGAGCCCUGGUUGGACAGCCGAAAAUCGAGCUGGAUGCACGGGGCUGUGAAUGCGUUCUCGAAGUGCUCGCAGUCCACCCCGAUUACCUCCUCCGCGACGAAAUACUCGAAUACAUGAAGUCGCGCUGGUUCAACCUUUCGGAUCGCGCACGCAAUUUUGUCGUAGCUGGAAUGCUGCGCGAUCGCCACUUCGAACACGCACUCAUGACAUUGGAAGAAAUGGUUCGGAACAAGGCGCGCGUCGAGAGCUGGCUGUUUGACAAAGCUAUGUGGAUGUUGCUGGAAUUUGGGGAAGUCGAAGAAGCUUUCCACGUGCUGGGCCUCAAGGAAGCUGCGAAGGGCAAGAGCAGCGGGACAGGUGCUGUGGAGCUCAGUAGUGCUCUGUGGGGGGCUUUACUCGAUGCCGCAUCGCACAAGCUGCUUCUCGACGAGACAGUCCUCGUAUGGACGGCACAAGUUCAACCGGGUUACCUCAAACCAGGAACCGGGGCCUGUCUGUCCGUCCUUAACCUCGCCUCGCGACACGGAGACGUCCCUCUCGCUACCGACGUUUUCCGCAUCCUGACGGAGCGAGGGACAACAUUGAGCACACACCACUACGAGCUGCUCAUAUCCGCCUAUCUCAAUGCCAACGACCUGCAAGCAGCCCUGUCCGUUAUCCUCAUCAUGGUCGAUAUCAACUUGAAGGUCGGCCCUGGGACCUGUGAUCCUCUCUACUGGUACCUGUCGGCUGGAACACCCGACGAAGAUAGCCGACCUAUGCAAGCCUUUAGGCAUCUGCAAGACUUCGAGGCUGCAGGCCGUAAGAUACCCACCGCAGCCGUGAACGCUUGUAUUCAAGCCAGUAUCGCACGUACGCGCCUCGACGAAGCCAUUGAAAUUUACAAAGCUCUGCAUACUGUCUCUCAUGCUGGCCCCAACACCGGCACCUUCAACAUCCUCUUUCGAGGAUGUCAUUUGGAAGGGCGUAAAGAGCUUGCUAUGUUCUUGGCUAACGAAAUGGUCAAGCUGGGUCUCAGACCCAGUCGUCUCACAUAUGACCGUCUGAUCCUGGUUUGCCUCACCGCUGGCGACUUGGACGAUGCUAUGCUAUACUACGAAGAGAUGGUGUCAACGGGUGCUACAGCCGGUAAAAAGGGCCCUAUGAAGCCCAGAAGGAAUACUUGGGAGGCAUUGAUCUAUAGGUGCGUCGAGGAAGGUGAUGAGAGAGCAGUCGCACUGUUGAACGAUUACAAAGAUGGCGUUGAGGAACCGCGAAGGAAUAUAGAAAAGGCAGUAGUAGAUCGCUUCGAGUAUGGCAUCAUACGAAGCGCAGAUCCUGCGGACGUCGGACGAGAAGCGACCGAGAACACAGCAUCCGACGCUGUGGAAGAUCAACAUGUCAGGUCAACGUCGGAGCUUGGUAGAACCCCAGAUGCUGGAGCUGACACGGAACUGUCGGAGAAACGAAGUGGGGCGAGUUCUUAA